AUCCAUCCCUGCUAGUAGCCCCUGCCUUCCAAUUCUUUUCCUUUUUUUUUUUUUUAAAUCCCUGUCCUCCCUCCAUCAGCCCCCCUUUUCAAGGCAAACUUUUGGCAAUUGCAGAGAUAAUCAUUUCGUGCUCGGCUGAAUUUCUCUUCGCCAAUGUCUUUCGAUCGGGGGAGCCAUUAAAUAAUAAUAAUAACAAUAAAACAAACAAAAAAAAAGCCAGGGGGAGUCAGAUCAGAGAGAAGAGGAGAAACGGGGCGCUCACUAAAUAUGCAAAGUGAAGGCUGUGCUAAGCAGAUUUCUUGCAUUGCCUUCCCGGGGUACUGAGAGAAUCAUAAUUUAAAAAAAAAAUCUAAGGACUUAAAAGCAAGAAAGGGGAGACGGUGAGCAACGCAGCAAAAGAAAAUAACCCAGGAGGAAAGGGGGAAAUCUGCAUGCCAGGUACCUGGAACUGUGUGCAAGAGAUGCAACCUACAAGCAAGCUUCUGAGUCUCUUCUUUCUUCUGCUGAUGGGAACAGAACUAACUCAAGUGUUGCCUACCAACCCAGAGGAAAGCUGGCAGGUCUACAGCUCUGCCCAAGACAGCGAGGGACGGUGUAUAUGCACAGUGGUGGCUCCCCAACAGACAAUGUGCUCACGUGAUGCCAGGACAAAGCAGCUGAGGCAGCUCUUAGAAAAGGUGCAGAAUAUGUCUCAGUCAAUAGAGGUAUUGGACAGGCGAACUCAAAGAGACUUACAAUAUGUAGAGAAGAUGGAGAACCAGAUGAAGGGGUUAGAAUCGAAAUUCAAGCAAGUGGAAGAGAGUCACAAACAACACCUGGCAAGACAGUUUAAGGCAAUAAAAGCGAAAAUGGAGGAACUUAGGCCUUUGAUACCAGUGUUGGAAGAGUACAAAGCCGAUGCAAAAUUGGUAUUGCAGUUUAAAGAGGAGGUCCAGAAUCUGACGUCAGUUCUAAACGAACUCCAGGAGGAGAUUGGCGCCUAUGACUACGAAGAGCUUCAGAACAGAGUGUCAAAUCUUGAAGAAAGGCUCCGUGCAUGCAUGCAAAAAUUAGCUUGUGGGAAGCUGACAGGAAUAAGUGACCCAGUCACAAUAAAAACCUCUGGAUCAAGGUUUGGAUCAUGGAUGACAGAUCCUUUAGCUCCAGAAGGUGAAAACAAGGUCUGGUACAUGGAUAGCUACCACAACAACCGCUUUGUCCGAGAGUACAAAAGCAUGUCGGAUUUCAUGAAUACAGACAAUUUCACCUCUCACCGUCUCCCUCACCCCUGGUCUGGCACCGGCCAAGUGGUCUACAAUGGCUCGAUCUAUUUCAACAAAUACCAAAGCCACAUAAUCAUCAGGUUUGAUUUGAAAACAGAAAGCAUCCUCAAGACUCGCAGCCUGGAUUACGCUGGCUACAACAACAUGUACCACUACGCCUGGGGUGGCCAUUCUGACAUUGACCUCAUGGUGGAUGAAAAUGGCUUGUGGGCUGUCUAUGCUACCAAUCAAAACGCGGGGAACAUUGUUAUUAGCAAGCUGGACCCCAACACCCUGCAGAGCCUGCAGACCUGGAACACCAGCUACCCGAAACGCAGCGCCGGCGAGGCCUUUAUCAUCUGCGGUACGCUCUACGUCACCAACGGGUACUCAGGAGGAACCAAGGUGCACUAUGCUUACCAGACCAAUGCCUCCACUUACGAGUACAUUGAUAUCCCGUUCCAAAACAAAUACUCACACAUUUCCAUGUUAGACUACAACCCGAAGGACCGAGCCCUCUAUGCUUGGAACAAUGGGCAUCAGAUACUUUACAACGUCACCCUCUUCCACGUCAUCAGGUCUGAUGAAUUGUAGUCCACUUUUGUCUAGAAACUAAUUUAAAAAAAAAUACUAAUAUCAAGGAAACACACUUAUUAAAAAACAGCUGCCAAAAUAAAGAACAACUUGACAGAGGAUUAUACAGCAUACACCUGACAUCAGCAUUACCUCUGCAUUUCUAGAAGUCCAAGCCUGUGUUCUGUAGACUUAAGAAUAAUCAUAUACUUGCAGCUGGAACUGCACUUAAAGAAACACUGAAGUUUUUGUUUUGCUUUUGGUUCCAAUAGCAAAUCUCCAGUACAUGCAAAAGAAGUAAGGCAAUGACUGUUGGAAAUUAUCACUGGAGAGUCUCUCUCUCUCUCUCUCUCAUGUGAGUUGCAUGGACAUUUUCCUACAUCACGGUCAGCUAUGAUGGAUGUGUGAUUUGUAUUUCUAAGUGGGAAAGCUGACCCCCUCCAGGGGGUGUUUGGUUAAGACUAACACUGGUUAGUUUUACUUGCAUUCCAUUGCAGCUACUGUCUCUCAACUGUGUUUUUGUCUCUUAGAUUAACUGUGCUGAGACCCAAAGUAGCUCAUGGAUCUGUGUCUUAGUAACUAUUAAACACGAUGGUUUAAGUAUGUAUUAUGAACAAGUUGUUGUACCCAUAUUGUUUGAACUUAUGUAUUCAGCAAAUAUACUGUAUCAUGUAUGUCUGUUAUUUACCAGAGGUGGCAAAACUUUGUAUGUCUAGUUUAUGCAAUGAAUGUUGUAAACGCAAUGAUGUAGUUUGGAUUAAUAAAUGAUGGUUUCGUUUCUUAAAAAAAUGAUGAUGAAUCAGUGUUCACCCCUUAUACACAGGUAAUCAAUUUCAUGUUGCUAAUUUUAAAAAUAUUCUCUUACUGUUAUAAUAUCUACGCAGCAUUAUGAUUGAUGGAAAUAGCUUCUGUGGAUAUUCUGUGGCAUCAGAUUCCCAUAUGAAGUCUUAGGAGGAUGGACUUGUGAAGGAAAUUAAUUUUUUUAAAGAGGAAAACUUUGUACUAUCCACAGUUAUCUAAGGAACAAUAAAAAUAUU